CCGAGAGUUCGUCUAUUGGUGGAGCGGAAGCCCUAGAGCUCCGUCUGUCAUUGAUAAUAUGAUGAAGGUACAAAUAUCCGCGAACGCUCUCCCGAUGGUUGAGGAAUUGUCGGCACCUUGGUUUUCAAAAUGUGGGCUACUUACCAUACGACGGGACUUUUUAUCACCACCUUGCUUUUCACUGCUGGACUCGCAGAAAAGCCAUCAAGCGCUUGGAAGACGGGAAAGUUCAAGACAUUGGUGACGUUUGGUGACAGCUACACGGACGAGAAUCGUCUGGGGUACUUUAACAGUCAUAAUGGAUCAGCACCACCUGUAGGAUGGGAGCAGCCAUUGGGCCUCAAAACUGCUUCAGGCGGCCUCUCUUGGGCACGCUAUGCCAGCAUUUAUUCCAACGCAACGCUCUACAACUACGCUGUCUCGGGCGCUGCAUGCUCUAAUGCGAUCACCCCACGCUCCCUCACUUCCACCCCCGCGUUCCCCGACGUUGCCGGAUAUGAGCUUCCUGCUUUCAUCGCGGAUUCCUCGUACAUCACUCCAAACGGCAGCAAAUUCUUCACCGGUCAGCCAAAGAACACGGUGUAUGCCCUAUGGAUCGGUACAAACGAUCUCGGCAACAAUGCCUUCUUGACCAACAGCCAAGUGAAAGGCAAGACGGUAAAGGACUUUGUGGAUUGCGUGUACGACACCAUCACAAGCCUCUACGAAAACGGAGGACGAUACUUUGUCCUCUUAAAUCUCGCGCCGCUGAACCUGCUCCCGCAAUACGCAACUCCCGAAAACGGCGGACUGAGUGCCACGCAGUUCUGGCCCGAUAAGACGCGGUACAACAUCACGGACGUCUCGUACCGCAUGCAGGAAACCGUCGUCAGUCUAAACGAGGUGUUCAAGUACCGCACGCCCUCAGUCUCUGCAUCCCAUCCCGGCAUGCAGAUUGCAAGUUUCGAUGUCAACGCGUUGAUGACGGAUGUGUGGAGUAACCCGGGAAACUAUUUGAACGGCACCGCACCGCUCAAUGUCACGGGUGUAGUUCAUCAAUGUGGGGUGAAUGGUCAGAAUUGCACAUUGGCGGCAAGUCCGGAUAGCUACUUGUGGUACGAUCCGCUGCAUCCCAGUGAGCAGACCAGUCGGAUUGUUGCGAGAGAGUUUGUGAACGUGUUGGGAGGGAAGAGCAAGUGGGCGGCUUAUUGGCAAUAACUGCCAUGUUCUAUCUGGGCCUCGAUGCAUGCGACUUUCUCGUAUGGUAUUAGCUUUCGGGUUCCAAUAUAUAUAGACAGAAUAGCAAGGGAUGAAUAUCCAGAUCAAUUCGUCCAGAUACAGAGC